GGACGCCGAGCAGCGGCAGUGCUGUCAAGGAUGCUGGCGGGUGUUUCAGUGCAACCACGGAAGGAGGUGUUCUCCUCUAUGGGAGGGUCUCUGCUGCUGCGGCUGACGACGAAGACAAUGAUUCUCUCGACGAUGUUCUUGGUUGUGUGUUGCCAGUUCAGUGCCACAAAAGCUGCCAUCUUUUCCGAAAAAGGCAUCGAGGGAACCAACGCCAACGAAGUAGAGGCCAUCAACUUCCUUCGCCAGUACGACGGGGAGGCGAGUACCAUGUGCAACAGGUUCAUGGAGGCCAGCUGGAACUUCAACACCAAUGUCACCGAUGUCAACAGACGAAAGCCCUUGAGGCGUCAGCUGGAGUGGACUCAGUUCCACCGCUUGAAGUGGAAUGAGGCGACCACUUUUGCCUGGAAGAAUUUCACCACCCCCACCGUCAGGAGGAUGUUUUCUUUCCUCACCGUGCUGGGGAGGGCAGCUUUGCCCGAGGAGGAGCUCAGGGAGCUCACGACGUUGAUCGAGGAGAUGAAGACGACUUAUUCAACUGCCAAGAUCUGUCGAUACGACGCAACGCGAAAUAGAUUACCAGAUGGAGAGUAUGACUAUUACUCAGAUUUAGAAAUAGAUGGCGACAACGAAAUCUUGUGCACCCCAACACUCAGCCUGGAACCACAUCUUACGCAAAUUAUGUCAACUUCGCGAAAUCCGGAUGAACUUCGUUACGUGUGGAGAGCUUGGAGAGAUGUCGCUGGCAAACCUUUACGAAAUAAAUAUAUUCGCUUCGUAGAACUAACCAACAAAGCUGCUCUGCUGAAUGGUUUUGAUGAUGCUGGCGAGUACUGGAGGAGCGACUAUGAAACCGAUAAUUUCGCCGAGGACCUGGACGCACUAUGGACAACACUGCGUCCUCUUUAUCAGCAACUCCACGCCUACGUCAGGAGCAAGCUGAGGGCGGUUUAUGGCGAGGAGAACGUUCCAGUUCGAGGGCCUAUUCCCGCUCAUCUUCUGGGAAACAUGUGGGCACAGACCUGGACGCACGUGUUGGACAUAACCAUUCCCUACAGAGGGCUCCCUACGGUGGAUGUCUCAGACACCUUGCGACGACUAGGCUACCAGCCCGUAACCAUGUUCCGUCUUGCCGAAGAGUUUUUCACUUCUCUCGGGUUGGACAGCAUGCCCACCACCUUCUGGCAAAGGUCUCUGUUCGUCAAACCCAAUGACAGGGAAGUCGUGUGUCACGCAUCUGCUUGGGACUUUUGCAACGGCAUCGAUUACAGGAUCAAACAAUGUGCUCAAGUGACUAUGGAAGACCUCAUAACAGCGCACCAUGAGAUGGGUCAUAUACAAUACGACAUUCAGUACCGGAACCAACCAUUUGUAUUCAGAGACGGGGCCAAUCCAGGCUUCCACGAGGCCGUCGGGGAUGUCCUCGCCCUCUCCGCCUCUACGCCUCGUCACCUGCAGACAGUUGGCCUGCUGGCCAACGUCGACGACUCUUAUGAGACAGACAUCAACUUCUUAUUCAACAUGGCCCUCGACAAAAUAGCCUUUUUACCCUUCGGCUAUUUGGUUGAUAAGUGGCGGUGGGAACUCUUCAGUGGAGAGAUUUCAACUUCGGAAAUGAACAGCCGUUGGUGGGAGCUCCGUAAUUCGCUACAAGGGGUUUCAUCCCCUGUUCCCAGAGACGAGGAAGACUUUGACCCAGGGGCGAAGUUCCACGUUCCAGCGAAUGUCCCUUACGUCAGGUACUUCGUAAGCUUCAUCGUGCAGUUCCAGUUCCACUCGGAGUUAUGCAAAGCAGCUGGCCACACCGGGCCACUUCACCACUGCGAUAUAUAUCGUUCCAGGGAAGCUGGAAGGCUUCUUAAAAAUGUCUUGUCUCUGGGAAAAUCUCGACCGUGGACAGACGCUUUGUCCGUUUUGACGAACGGCAGGACAAGGAAGCUGGACGCAGGUCCCAUCUUGGAAUAUUUCGGCCCUCUCCUGUCGUGGCUCGAGUCUCAAAAUAAAGGCGAAUUUAUUGGCUGGGAUGAGAAGGAGGCCAUCGUGGUGCAGCAGGUGGGGACGACCAACGCCUCUGUCGUCACUGGGGUCGUCCUCGGAUUCAUAGCUCUCAUCCUGCUGGUGAGCCUCAUCGUCUACGCCGUCACCCGGUGCAAGAGGACCGGGAAGUCCUUCAACGCCGCCACCUGAAGCGAUGCCGUGCCAAGGAAUGAGAUUGAAAUCAUUGAUGUCACACCAAAGAAUUCUUUUGAGAUCAUUGAGGAGGAUCUAGGGACUAUCUAGGCAUAGAAACCAUUUCUGUGCCUUGUUAUACUCUGAAUGCCUUUGAGUCUGCGUGUGAAUGUGAAGGUAACUUUCUUUCAAGCUCAAUCCGGAAGCGUAAUAUUUAAGAGCAAAAAGAAAAUCACUUUUAAAUUUGAUUGAUGUAGUUGUAAUUCUUUUUUUAUUUAUCUUAGUUUAUCAUAGAUUAAGAAGCUGGGUCAUCACUAAUAAUACUUUAAAUGGAAUCCAAAAAUGCAUUUUUCUAAUUUUGGUUGAAUGUCUAUCUGUAAAAUUCUGCCAUCGAUCGUUUCUCAUUCGUCAUAAUCAUAAUCCAUUCCUUCGACGCAUCAUUGACUUCUUCAAUAGUUUACCACAGUCUUUAACAAAGUGAUUAAAUCUUCAUUUCUUUUUUAAAGCAAAGUGAUUUCCUAGAUAUUGGUUGUUUCAUCGGCACUGGAUCUAUCCAUGAUGUCAUCUCUGAUACUUGAACCACACUAUUGGAGCUUGAACUUUCUUGGCAUCUUUGCGUUUCCACCUCAUGCUUUGGUACUUUGCUACAAAUCCGUCUCAUCAGAUGAUUCGAGUAAAUGACGAACUUGGCGCCCCUGAAGACUCUCCCGAAGGUUUCCCCAUUCGUUUCUCGUGGAAUUGACUCCGGCUGUGAUGGUGCGUCUCUGAGGACAGCGCGUAGAGUAGCUGCACGAUUUGGCCCUUUCUGCUCUACUCAAAGAUUUUUAUUAUUCACAACAGAAUAUGUAUCUGCUGGUAGUGAUAAAGAUUAGAAAGGUUUUCAACAUGUAUUUAUGUGUUGCUGUCAUAAUCUAUCACUAAUUAGAUUUCAUUGAACAUAUGGAGAUACAUACACAAAAACACAACCACAAAUAUUAUAUAUAUACAUAUAUAUAUAUAUAUAUAUAUAU